AUGAUUUGCAAGUUUGGGAAACAACCUGAAAGUGUGCAGUUGGCGAUCACAAAAAGGCAUCAUGAGUUAUGGCUAUCUGUGAACUCUACCCCCCUUCCCACUAUCAACCAUGAACUGCCCCUCUCAAAAUCAUCAGUUGAGCCAAGACCUCUUACCCCUGAAGAGCACCAACUGUUUCAGAAUCCAGACAAACUGCAUGGGAAACGCUUUGUCCUCUCACCCCACACAGAGGAAUCUGGAGUAUAUGAGGUCAUUGGGUACCACAAGAAGAGGGACAGCUCAGUCCAAUAUGAUGUGCUUUUUGAUGAUUGUGACGACCCAAUCUUGCUCAAGGCAAGGGAGGUGAUGAGAAUGUUGGAGGAUAGCCUUCACAUACCUAAUUGA